AGUUCUUGUUCUGGGCUUCGCUGUGUUUGACCCACCUCAGUAAGAUGGCUGAGGACCUGAUGCUGUACAGCACUAAAGAGUUCUCAUUCGUAGCGCUGUCAGACGCCUACAGGUAGAGGAGCUGGCCACGCUGACGCGGCUGAAGGAGCAUCGUGAGUGUAGCCUCAUGUGUUUCACGGAGACGUGGCUGAAUGGAUAUACACCGGACUCUGUGGUUUCCCUGAACGGUUUUACACUCGCGCGCGCGGACCGGAACGCGGUGGGAAGCGGCAAAAAGUCUGGGGGAGGACUGGCUGUGUACGUGAAUGAGCGGUGGUGUAACCCAGCAAACGUGCAUGUGAAGGAACAGCGGUGCACGCGGGACUUGGAGAUGCUUACGGUGGCGCUGCGGCCGUAUUAUCUACCGAGGGAGUUCUCGCACGUGAUUGUGUUUUGCGUGUACAUCCCACCAUCAGCUCAUGCAGGGACAGCGUGUGAAAGACUCCACAGUGCCGUAAGCGAAGCCCAGAGCCGCCAUCCCCGGGCGCUCGUCCUGAUCAGUGGAGACUUCAACCACGCCUCUCUCUCUGCCUUUCUCCCUACUUUCACACAGUAUGUCACGUGUCACACGCGGGGCGACAAGACACUGGACUUACUGUAUGUGAAUGUGAAAGGCGCCUACACCGCUGCCCCCCUCCCCCCACUGGGCCGCUCGGACCACAACCUGGUUCAUCUGCUCCCCCACUACACACCCAAGGUGAGAAGAGGACCUGUGCAGAAGAGAACUGUGAAGGCAUGGACAGAUGAGGCCAGUGAGAGACUCAGAGACUGUUUCCAGACCACUGACUGGAGCGUGCUCUACAGUCCUCAUGGAGAUGACAUCGAUGGCCUCACGCAUUGCGUCACAGAUUACAUCAACUUCUGCGUGGACAGCACUGUGCCAACUCGGACGGUACGGUGCUUCUCCAACAACCACCCCUGGGUCACCCCUGAGCUCAAAGCCCUCCUGAACCAGAAGAAACGGGCUUUCAUCUCAGGGGACAGAGAGGAGCAGAAGAGAGUGCAGCGUGAGCUCCAGUGGCGGAUCAGAAGGGCCAAGAAGGACUAUGGGAAGAGGCUGGAGGAGAAGCUGGUUCAGAACAACGCGCGGGACGUGUGGAGAGGACUUAAGAACAUUUCUGGACAUGGACAGAGUGCCAGAGGGACAGCUGAUGGAGACCAGCGCAGGGCGGAUGAGCUGAACUGUUACUUUAACAGAUUUGACUCUCCCCCCACCCCCUCUGCCCCCUUUCCUGCUCCCCCCUCUUCACACAUCCCCAUCCCAGCAGACCCUCCCCUUCCUGCGACACCUUCACCAGCCCCCAACUCACCCACACGAACUACUCCCACCCCCUGCAGCCCACCUCACUCCCCCCUCUCCUUCACACCGGACCAGGUGAGGAGAGAGCUGAGGCGACUGAAGCAGAGGAAAUCUGCUGGACCAGACGGCAUCAGCCCCAGGCUGCUGAGGACCUGCGCGGACCAGCUCUGUGAGGUCCUCUGCCACCUCUACAACCUGAGCCUCAGCCUGGAGCGGGUCCCCGUCCUGUGGAAAACCUCCUGUGUGGUCCCAGUCCCUAAAACAGCUCACGCCAAGGAACUGGCCCACUACAGACCUGUCGCCCUCACCUCCCACCUCAUGAAGACCAUGGAGAGGCUCCUCCUCCACUACCUCUGCUCAGUGGUGAGCUCCGACCUGGACCCGCUGCAGUUUGCCUACAGGCCCAACAUGGGGGUAGAAGACGCCGUCAUCUACCUGCUGCAGCGAGCGCUCACUCACCUGGAGAGCGCCGGCAGCGCUGUGAGAGUCAUGUUCUUUGACUUCUCCAGCGCCUUCAACACCAUCAGGCCGGCGCUGCUGCGGGGGAAGCUGGUGGACGCGGGAGUGGAUGGACAUCUCGCUGCCUGGACCACUGACUACCUCACUGACCGUCCACAGUACGUGCGGCUGCACGGCUGUGAGUCAGAGGUGGUAGUCUGCAGCACGGGGGCGCCCCAGGGCACCGUCCUCUCACCCUUCCUCUUCACCAUCUACACCUCGGACUUCACCUACAACACGGACAGCUGCCAUCUCCAGAAGUUCUCUGAUGACUCCGCCAUUGUGGGCCGUGUGUCUGAGGGGAACGAGCUGGAGUAUCGGUCAGUCAUCAUGGACUUUGUGGACUGGUGUGAGCGCAACCAUCUGUGCCUCAACACCAGUAAGACGAAGGAGAUGGUGGUCGACUUCAGGAGAAGGACACUCCCACAUCCACCAGUGAACAUCCAAGGGCAGGACAUUGAAACGGUGGACAGUUUCAAGUACCUGGGUGUUCACCUCAACAAUAAACUGGACUGGUCCCACAACACCGAUGCUCUGUACAAGAAGGGCCAGAGUCGCCUCCACCUUCUGAGGAGGCUGAGGUCCUUCGGAGUGUGCAGACGUCUACUAAGGACUUUCUAUGACACUGUGGUAGCCUCUGCUUUCCUCUACGCUGUCGUCUGCUGGGCCCCGGGCAGCACAGAGCGGGACAUGAAGAGACUGAACAAGCUGACCAAGAGGGCCAGCUCUGUCCUGGGCUGCCCACUGGACUCUGUGAUGGAUGUGGGUGAGAGGAGGAAGUUGACCAAGCUCUCAUCCAUCAUGGACAACAGCUCCCACCCACUGCACCGGACUGUAGUGGAGCUGAGCAGCUCCUUUAGCACGAGACUCAGACACCCUCAGUGCAAGAAGGAGCGCUACCGCAGGUCCUUCAUCCCCACUGCCAUCAGACUGUAUAACACUACUGUGUAGUUGUUAUUAUGUGCAAUAUUUAUUAUCUUGUUCUUGCACUUUCGUGACUUUUGCACUCCUGUUUUUUGUUUUUGUUUCUAAGAGCCCUGUAAUGUUAAAUUUCUCCUUUGUGAGAUUAAUAAAGUCUAUCUUAUCUUA